AUGACCACAGCUCAGUCUAUGACGGCCUGCACGCACCCCCACCAGAAUUUUCCCGUAUGUCCGGCACCUCUGUUUGAUGAUUAUCUUUCAAGAACUGAGACAAGUUCUCAAGAUGCCGUGGAGCCUAUGGAGUCGAUGCCGCAAAACCAUCAACAACAGCAGGGAACUGAGGAAGAGAGUGGGCAGCAGCAAGAACAACUGGAGUAUUCACAGCAACAGCAGGGAGAGCGCCCUAAGCGGAAGCGGUGUGUCCCGAAACUCUCAGAGAACAAACUCACACCCAACGCGGAGCAAAGCAGCACCAAUCUCAUUCUGCGCAAACUGCCCGCCCGUGCGGAUGAAGCGGAAAUCAAACGUGUCUUCGCCCCUUAUGGUGAGAUCCUCUCAGCGGCGGUGAUGCGUAAUAUACACACCGGUGAGAACCUCGGCACGGCUUUUGUUCGCUACGCCACAACAGAACAGGCACGGGCCGCACUACUCGAGUGUCACGGCAAACGUGUUUUUGGCCGCACCAUUUCUGUGCAUUGGGCAAAGAAACAACACGAUGACACGCCUGUUGGUGAGGCCCGCAAGAAGAUCUUCAAACUGUUUGUGCGCAAUAUUCCACUUGAUGUGACGGUGGACGAACUCACGGCGCUCUUCCGCCAGUACGGCCCAGUGAAGGAAAUAUCAAUCCACAAAGACACCGCCGCUGUGGCGGACCGCCGGCUUGAGCGGCGCAUUGCGUUUGUGGCGUAUCUCGCCGAGGGAGCGGCGGAGCGGGCGGCGGAGUGUGUGCACAACACCCGUCCCUUUCCAAGCAGCGGCUCCAUUCCACUCAUGGUGAAACUCGCAGAAGAUCAUCAGCAGAAGCGUGCUGGCAACAAGAUGCCGUCGCAAAUCAUCACCCCUGAGGUGACGUCGGCUGGCAGACGCAGCAGCAUCAGCAGUAAUAAUGUGACUAACAGCAGCAGGAGCAGCAGCAGCUACAAUAUGUGCAGAGAAGACUCCCGGAGACAUUUAGUGAUGGGAUCUGUAUGUGCACAGGAGGGUGACCCCCUGCAUUGCCAGUCUACCUUCUUACUUCCUCCGAAUCUCAUUUCUGCUGUUUUGAGUCAGGAGCGCCAUAGCGUUGGGGCCGUCAGUACGCAAAGCAGUAGAAGCAGCAGCGACAAUAUCAACAAUAUCGCAGAGACACACGUGGGACGGCAGCGGUAUAUGCACAACCCGUACAAUGCAGUCCAUUCUCGAGUGUAUAUUGUUGCCGGUUGA